AACCAAGCUUGAUCGGUGCCAUGGACAGCAGUACCGAGUGGCGAGGAGAUCAUCAACAGGCACGCAGACAUUCCUUGACAAGGUGAGAGAUAGUACAAUCAAGCCUUGAGUGACUUCCCGCACGCCGUUUAUACAUCUUUGAAACCCAGGACAUGGUCUCUUACUGUCUUCCAUUCUUUCUGAUACUCCCUGGAAGUCCAUUAUUUGAUCAUGUCACUACCUAAAGCUGUCCUGCUAGUUGGCGCUGUAUUGGCGGGCCUUGCCUCGGCCCAGGUCGGCGCCUUAGAUGACAACGGCAGACCAACUAACUACACCGCUUACGAGUUUGAUCAGCUCAUCGAUCACUUCCAGAAUAGUUCACGGUAUGCUCCCAACACCAACGGAACCUUUAAACAGCGAUACUACUACGACAACACCUACUAUCAACCAGGAGGACCCGUCUUUCUUUACAUCGGUGGUGAAACUAGUGGUCCAUCACGCUUCUCCAACCUCCAGACUGGCAUCAUCCAAAUUCUCAUGAACGCCACCAAUGGUCUGGGCGUCAUCCUCGAAAACAGAUACUAUGGCGAAAGCUUUCCCUUUGAAAACUCCACCACCGAUAACCUCCGCUUUCUGACCACCGAGCAAACAAUAGCAGACAAUGCUUACUUUGCCCAACAUGUUAAAUUUGAAAAUGUGACCGGAGGAGACAAUCUCACGGCAGAUACAACUCCUUGGAUCUUGUACGGAGGCAGUUUAGCUGGUGCGCAAACAGCGUUCUCCCUCGUUGAAUAUGAAGGUCUGUUGUGGGGUGGGAUAGCCUCUUCUGGAGUAGUUCACGCUGUUCACGGCUAUCCUGAGUGGUACGAUCCCAUCCAAACCUAUGGACCUCAAGAUUGUAUCACCAGAAUCAACAAUAUUGUCGACAAGGCUGACAAGCUGAUUGAAACGAACAACACAGCUGCGAUACAACAAUUCAAAGAAAUCUUUGGACUGGGUUCGUUGUCUGACCUCGGCGAUUUCGCAAUGACAAUUGCAUUUCCUCUGGGCGGUCCAAUGAACUACCCCACCAAUACCUGGCAAGAACUAAAUUGGUAUCCAGAGUACGAUCAUCCCGACUUUUUCUGGUUCUGCAACAAUGUCACCGACCCAGAUGCUCCUGUGGAGAUCACAAGCGUUGAUUCACAGCUCGCCAACUACACCGAUGGCGAGGUCUGGACAGGACUCGGUGGAUAUGCCAGCUAUGUCAAGCAGGUCGUGGUGGGACCCCUUAGUGCCGAUGUGAUUGACACCACUGCCGGAUUCUCGACCCAGAAUGAAACAUUCUACGCCGACCCUACAUCAUCCGCGAGCCGAUCCUACCUCUACAGCACAUGCACUGAGCAAGGUGCGUAUCAAAUGCCCCAACCCGCAGGGACACCAUCACUAUUACUACGAACUAUCACUCUCAACUAUACACAACAAUGGUGCACAUGGGCAUUCCCGGCUGGACCACUAUCACCCCAAGCAGUGCCAUCUCCAUCCGGACCAGAUCUAUCAUGGUAUAACAAAUACGGAGACUUUUCCAUCUCAGCGCCACGACUUGCGUUCAUUGACGGCAGUAGCGACGUAUGGCGCGAUGUAUGUUACCACGGACGUAACGCCAGUACUAGUACCAACGGAAUACGAUACGGAGAAUUGCAAUCCGUCAUCAAUGGCGCAGGACAUCAUUGGGAUAGUUAUGGUAUUCUAGAUCUUGACGCAGAGCCGGAUUUCAUCAAGGCUGCGCAUCGAUGGGAACUGGAUCUUGUGGGGCAGUGGUUGGUGGAAUGGAAUGCUACACAUGGUAGUGGAGGGAAGGAGAAGAGGGAUGAGUUGUAGGAACGCAGCUUGCUCAUUGCUCGAUCAACUCUGGAACAAGGUCACAGGAACGAGAACAGACACAGAUGCCAGAUCAAGAGAUGUAGAUACGUG